GGAAAAUCUUCUAUCAGUUUCGAUUUGAACAAUUUCAUCACUGUCUCGGCUAAUGAACGGGUCCUACUGCCUCUUCCCUUCCCAACCGUACCCAUUGAUGAACUUUGUUUCUGCCCUCGAAAUAAACAAUACAUAAGCCAUAAAAGAUUUCCAUUUUGCAUCAAGCAUACCAUUUUAGUCAUGGCACUCUCUACAACAACAAAUAUGGCUUUCUGUAAAGAAACAACAUCUGUCACAUCUCUUCGCACCUUUCCAGUCGAGGUUCGAAAUAUGAUCUAUCGUCUCCUACUUCAAGGUACAUGGGAAGAACAUGAUAGUCGACCAGCGGCUCGAAAAUUCCUAGCCGCAUUACGCGCAGAUGUUGGACUUUAUCAAGAAGCGCUACCCAUCUUUUACAAAAACAACACAUUUUCCUUGAGUUAUAAAAAUCACUGGCUGAACCAAUAUUUUGUUCAACAUGAUGGUGUCAGAUUUAUGGAUACGAGUGUUGUAUCGUUGGCGUCGACUUUUCAGAGAGUACAUGUUGAAGUUCCACUUUCUACUUCGACUUCUGGUCCUAUUAAUGGUCUUCGCUCCACCUCCCCAACCUUCGACCGCACUGCCCUAAUCAUCCGCAUGGCGCAAAAUAUCACACAUCUCCACAUUGAAUCCGCAAUCAACGGCGGCUGUCGUACCCAAUGGCUCGCUCUAAUCUGCGAUCUCAUCGGGCCAGCCGAUUCCUGUCCCGCUCUUCUAACACUCAAAUUCACAUGGGCAGUCUACACCAUUGAAAAAUACAGACACGCUGUUGAAUGGACCAUCGGUCAAUUUGAUACUGUAUUUGGUACACCUGGAUACCUUGAAUCGCCAUCAACCGGACACAAAGCAUCAUGGGUAUGGAAACACCGCGGCAAAGACAAAGGUCGAGUAUUGAAAUGGGGAAACCACGGAAAAGCACCUGCGAGAAUCGAAGUCAGCCUCGGGGAAGUCGCAGCCAUGUGCCAACGCGAUAUCAUGUCUUAUAAAGUAGGAAGAACCUGGCAACUUCGACAUGGUCAUUCGUUUAUGUAUGGCAUGCGCCCAAGGUGUUGCGUCUCGCCCUUUACGUUGCUGCUUCCGGGGGCGGCUCCGCACAAUCUACGCCAGGAGGUUUACCAACAGGGCAGUGGAGCCGAGUUACCCAUCGUAAUGGACGAGAAACAUUUCGAUGAGAAUUGGGGAAUGUGGCGACCGGUUUCUAUGGAUACUUUGCUUUCCAUGAAGAAGCGCUGCGAGGAGGAAUUGGAAAGAGGUCUGCUCAUCUACCGGGGGCCAAGGGAAGAAAACCAUCUCACCAAAUGGCUCUACGAUCAAGGCUUCGAAUGUCCCAUCAACCCCAAGGAGACUUUGAUAGCCACACGCCAAUGGGCCCAAAAGCAAGAAAUGCACGGGAGCCCCUCGCAGCGCGGUUCGGAGGGCGAUCUGCAGUACGUUUCAAACCCCGCACACGUAGACAUCGAAUCGGAUUUCCAAGACGCGAAUUUCGCCGACGGACUCGAAUUCUCCUGUCCGGAGAGAGAAGAGACGCAUCCGACGGUGGAGCGGCGCGCGCCGGGUGUCAAGUACGAUCGACGUUGCGGAAACAAAUAUCAUUCUGCGCUUCCGAGUGAUUGGAAUUGUGCGGAUAGCGAUGCCGGGAUGGAGAGGGGCGAAGAUGUGGAUCUGGAUGAGAGCGAGGGGAAUCAUCGCUUGGCGAGGGAUAGGGUGUAUGCAGAAAGUGGAGGGAGUGGGGAGACGGUUUUGUUGGAGGAUUUGGUGUUUGAGCCGGGGAAGGCGAGGUCGGAAAUUAUUCGUUGAUUAGGAAGGGGGGGGGGAAGAUAUCGGGUAUGGGAAUUAUUUGCCUCUGGGACGGGAAAGAUAACAGAGAGAUGAUUUCGGAGUAUCGCAUGGACUUUGGAGAUGUGUCUGGGGGAUUUCACGAGUCAUGUGCAUAUGUGUGCGGGCGUUCAGCAGGAAAAUUUCAUUGUCGUUCACGAUACCCUGGGCUGGGCCUGGGCUAGGAGUCAUAAUCUGCCAUUACAAAGACUCCAUUGCCAAAGCCGAAAGGAUGCAAUACGAAUAGAUAACCGGUAACUUAUUUGAUCCUGUUUCCUUUGUCAGGAUACGGAUGUCGUUGCCGUAAAGCUAUCUAGCAUUCGAGUAGAUUAUCAAAUAAUUUAUUUCUCAUGAAAAACUAAAAGAAAGUCAUUGAAAAGAAAACGUACUCAAUCUUCAACCAGCUGGCUGGCACCUUGUGUGUGAGUUGAAGUUCAUAGCUACAGAGAUGCUGAAUACAUAUUUUCCAUCUGGUAAUCCGAACACGAGUAUUUCA